GGGUUGGGGAGAUUGCAGGGUGAGGGGAGGGAGGGGAGGAGGGCGGAGGAGAUGGCGUGGGUGGUGAGGGGGAAGGCGCUGGAGAUGUGUGGGCUUGUUGUGGGGAGGUUGUUGAGGAGGGGGGAGGGGAGAGGGAGGAAUCUGGUCACGGCGGCGAAAGUCCUGGUUCUGAGUCGGUUGCUGGCGAAGAGUUUGAGCGAGUCUCCUGCCGCUGGCGAGGCCGAGAGAGAUAAAGAGUUGGUAGAAGAGUCGAAGAGGAAAUUGGGUGGUUUGAGGAGGAGGUUGCUGAGGGCUAUUGAGAGGACAUUGGGGAGGAGUGAGAGCGGUGAUGGGCGAGAAGACCUCGUGCAGGCGCUGUGUGCGUAUAGCCUUGCCACGAGCUCUGGGGCCAGGGAUGUGCUAAGGCAUUUCUUGCAUGUCAGGGGCGAGGCAAUUACACUUGCUUUCGAAGCAGAAGACGACGUGGAGCCGGAGGUUCCAGGAAUCCUGAGAGCUCUGGAGUUGUAUACGCGGACACUACUGGACGUGCAAGCGCUCGUGCCCCGCCGUCUUACAGAAGCUCUGGCGGCUUUGAAGACCAAGCCUCUGUUGAAGGACGAGUCGAUUCGAGAGCUGGAAGGGUUGAGAUUGGAUGUUUCUGAGAGGUGGUUUGGUGAUCAGAUCCUAUUCUUCACGCCCUAUGUCAGGCACGAUGAUCUUGAGGUGUCACAGGCCGUGGAUACCCUAAGGGGUUGGGCAAAGAAGGCCUCCCAGGUCAUCUUAGAGGGAUUUGGCAAGACGCUGCAGCGAGUCAACGACUUCAAGACUGUGGUCGACUUGCGUACAAGAUGUUUAGAGGUCUGGAUCAAGGACGGUGGAAAGGCGAAAGGGUUCGAUCCUUCGGUCAUUCUUAACGGGUUGCGAAAUGUAAUCAAUGAUCGCAUGGUGCAACUCCUAGAAUCAAGGGUGGGCAGACUACACCUGGUAGGAACGGAGAUAGAAGGAACAUUAGGAACUUGGAGACCGGGCACAACGGAUCAAAACGCCAGCCUUUGGGAUGAAGAUAUGCUCGAAAUGGAGAUCAGCAAUGGAGCGAGCCUCUUCAAACAAGGUGUUCUAGCUCGCACGCAUGGGAGAAACGACGCCGUCUCCCGAGCAGUCAAAGGAUACCAGAGCUGGCGACAUCUUGUCGAUGAGGUCGUCACAGUGCUUGAUCUACUAAAGAAACAAAGAUGGGACAAUGACCUUGAAGACAUCGAAGACGAAGCUAGCAUUGAAUCUCGAAAUACCCUGCUCAGCAAAGACGACCCCCAGAUGCUGCAAGAUCACUUCGAUACAAGCCUAGAGAAGGCAUACACAAAUCUGCACGAGAAGAUAUCUGCGCUCUUGGAAACAUAUAAGGAUAGAGAGGAUAGUGGCCAAAUGUCUAUCUAUAUUCUCCGCGUCCUUCGAGAUAUUCGCAGCGAGCUUCCCAAGAAUGCUGCGUUGCAGUCUUUCGGGCUUUCACUCGUCCCUCAGCUCCACCGAAAACUAGCCACCAUUGUCUCAGCAGAUGCAGUUGAACGCUUUGCAGUAUCCCUCAACAGAAAGAGCGUGCCAGGCAGGGCCUUGUGGGAAGGCAAUCCCGAGCUUCCUGUUCAACCAUCACCUGCAGCAUUCAAAUUUCUGCGUAGUCUGACCAUGGCCAUGGCCCAGCUGGGAAGUGAUCUGUGGAGCCCAGCCGCUGUCCGUGUUCUGAAAGUCCACCUGCGUUCAGAACUGGGAAGCUGCUGUAAUGCUGCUCUGAAAGCUCGAGAGGACAAAGAUUCAAAUAAAGCAAAGACCAACGGUGGAGUAGCCAACGGCGAUUCCGGAACUGGAACUCCAGAUGAAGAUCAGCACGAGAACACCGAGGCCGUCGACCUGGAAAAGCGUAAAGAUGUCUUGAUACAGUUCCUAUUCGAUAUACUCAUCCUCAAGGAGGCCUUGGAGACAAAAGCUGAGGUCGGGGAUGGACUGCAAAGUGUGGAAAAAACUAUUGGGUCCCAGAUAGAGCUGGAAUCCUCUUCGCGGAAGAGGUUAGAACAAGGUGCAAUGGAGUUCUGGAAAAAGACAAGCCUGUUGUUCGGGCUUUUAGCAUAGUCCAAAAGUUCUAGUUCUAGAUACCAAUGAAGAAAGCUCC